GUUGCUCAAGGCAAGCAUCAGGCAGAGAGCUUCAGCCGAAGAGAGUGGCCUCCCGCUCGAACCAUCAGCGGCAUUUUGGCGGAGGAGAGUGCCAACCUGCAGCCAGGGGUUAAACUGGGCGAAAAUUUCCUGUUCCUACUGCGAAACACCUCUGUCUUCUUCAGGAGUCUUCUACGGAAGAAUCUGUCCAACAUUACUGCGCUUGAACGGAUCAUGGAAUACCGCGACUGCAAAGAGGGGUUUUGUGGCAUGUGAUAUGGGGAUUGGCGAGCGUCGGGGAUGCGAUACUAGAAUGAGAGAGAAAGAGGGCGUUCGUUAGUUCUCCGGCGUCAUAGCUAACGUUAGCCACUACUGAUAGCUACUAGUGUAUCAAGCGAGCACCAACCUUAGCCAGUUUGGUAGAAUAUUUGGAUCCUCUCGUAUUUGGCUGUGCGCGUCCUUUGCGCUGUCUUACUGGCUGUAUAACUGAUAGCUGGCUAAUUAUCUAGCUUCCCCAUCUACUGAACUGUAGCUAGCCAGCUACCAGCCAUCAUACAAGACAUCCCCUUAAGCCGCAAAGAUAAUGCGUUCAGAUAUGUGUUGAAUAUUUUAUGCCUGUUAUUAUUUUGAAACCCACUGUUAUAUAUUGAAAGGGAGAGAAGAGAGCAGCAGACGAGCGGCGUGCUCCCAGCAAUGCCGAUUGGGAUGUCCAGUUGGAUGUGAACAGCGGCGAAGUGGCGACACGGCACUCCGCGGACGAACUCAGUUUUUGCUUCUGGACUUUUCUUGGUGGAAGUUGCUUGGUUAAAACACUUUUGUUCGAAACAUUUGUUGGAGGCGAAGAUGGGAUUUUUUGUUCAUUAAUGACAUAAACUGACAAUCUGGAGGAAAACUCCAUUACAAAGCCGUGUACAUUUCAUUGCAGCUCGCAUGAUAAUAAGCACACAGUUGCUUUUGGUAGCUCAUAGCUAGCUAAGUAGCAAGCUCGCUGAAUUGCCUUUGAAACUUGACAGCAUAAAACGAUGGCGAACGACUCCAUACAAAGCGACCCCGGCGGGCUGUCGGUCCUGGAGCAGCUGGGCCUGGAGCAGAGCUCGGACUUCUCGGACACCAGCGUGCAGCUGCGGCUGGACGAGCAGCGGGAGCGGAUCCGCCGCGAGAUCCGCAAGGAGCUGAAGAUCAAGGAGGGCGCGGAGAACCUGCGGCGCGCCACCACCGACAAGCGCAACGCGCAGCAGGUGGACAGCCAGCUGCGCAGCUCCAGCCGCCGGCUGGACGAGCUGCACGCGCAGCUGCAGGAGCUGGACGCGCACAUCGUGGUCAAAGACCCCGACGACAUCCGCGACGAUGCCCCACAGUCCCCCGGGGCGCUCAGCCGCUCGUCCGCUCACCAGGACCGCGUCACGGCGCUGGAGCGCCAGCUCAACAUCGAGCUCAAGGUCAAGCAGGGGGCCGAGAACAUGAUCCCCAUUUACGCCAACGGCUCAGCCAAGGAUAAGAAGCUGCUCCAGACCGCCCAGCAGAUGUUGCAGGACAGCAAGACCAAGAUCGACAUCAUCCGCAUGCAGAUCCGCAAGGCCAUGCAGGCCACCGAGCAGCUCAGCGAGGACAUGCAGGGGAAGCCUGACCUGUGUGGAGUGGAGCUGCGUAUUGAGGAGCUGAGGCAUCAUUACCGUGUGGAGCACGCGGUGGCCGAGGGCGCCAAGAAUGUACUGAGACUGCUGGGGGCCAGCAAGGUCCAGGACAAAAAAGCCAUGUCUGAGGCCCAGCGUCGUCUGAGCGAGUCAUCGCAGCGGUUGGACCUGCUGAGGGACUCUCUGGACCAGCGGCUGGCCGAGCUGCCUGAGGACCACCCCAAGGCCUGCCUCAUCAAGGAGGAGCUCGUCCUGGCCUCCUCCCCGGCCUUCAGCUCCCGCCACGGCGCCCCCUACCUGCGCAACCAGUACAGCACCCUCAGCAAGCCAUCCCCUCUCACAGGCACUCUGCAGGUGCAGCUGCUGGGCUGUGUGGGGGUGCUGGAGGUGGUGCCAGGGCGGAGUCGGGGCACGCCCGUGAUGCUGCCCUGCUACAGCCCGGGGGAGGGGCGGUCCUUCAUGCGCAGCAGCAAGGGCCUGUACAGCCGCAGCGGCAGCAUGAGCGGGAAGGCGCCCGGCAAGAACGACGACCUGUCCUCGGAGGUGAGCGCCGUGCUGAAGCUGGAGAACUCGGUGGUGGGCCAGACGGCGUGGAGGACGGUCGGGGAGCAGGCCUGGGACCAGACCUUCACUGUGGAGCUGGAGAGGUCCAGGGAGAUGGAGAUCGCGGUGUACUGGAAGGACUACAGAUCCCUGUGUGCCCUUAAGUACCUGAAGCUGGAGGACUUCCUGGACAACCAGAAGCACCGUGUGCAGCUUGAGCUGGAGCCGCAGGGGCUGCUGCUGGCUGAGGUGACCUUCUUAAACCCGACCAUAGACAGGGUUCCGCGGCUGAAGAGGCAGAAGAAGGUCUUCUCCAAACAGCACGGCAAGGCUUUCCUGCGCGCUCGGCAGAUGAACGUGGACAUCGCCACCUGGGUGCGGCUGCUGAGGAACGCCAUCCCCACCGUCAACAACACGGGCACCUACAGCCCCAACACACACUCACAGAAUGCUGGGGACAUCUCAAUGGAGAAGCUGAGCCUGGACAGCGACACACCCCCAAGACCAGAGACCCGCAGAGACACAGACACAAGCACCCCGGAGCACCUGCCACCGGUCGAGCCCUUCUCUCCCCCUGACGUCACCCCUGAACGCCCCAACAGAACCCCGUCUGGCAGCUCACAGCACAGUAAACAGAAGAAGACCCCCCUGUGUCUGCCGGACUUCCGGCUGAUUGCUGUGCUGGGCAGAGGGCAUUUUGGCAAGGUGCUGCUAUCCGAGUACAAGAAGACGGGUAGCAUGUACGCCAUUAAGGCUCUGAAGAAGGGGGACAUUGUGGCUCGGGAUGAAGUGGAGAGUCUGAUGUGCGAGAAGCGGAUCUUCGAGACGGUGAACAGCUCCCGCCACCCGUUCCUGGUCAACCUGUUCGCCUGCUUCCAGACCCCGGAGCACGUGUGCUUCGUCAUGGAGUACACGGCCGGCGGCGACCUGAUGAUGCACAUCCACUCGGACGUCUUCACCGAGCCGCGCGCCGUGUUCUACUCGGCCUGUGUGGUCCUGGGGCUGCAGUUUCUUCACGACCAUAAGAUUGUGUACCGGGACCUUAAAUUGGACAAUCUGCUGCUGGACACAGGCGGCUACGUAAAGAUCGCGGACUUCGGACUGUGUAAAGAAGGGAUGGGCUACGGCGACAGGACCAGCACGUUCUGCGGCACGCCCGAGUUCCUGGCCCCGGAGGUGCUGACCGACACGUCCUACACCAGGGCCGUGGACUGGUGGGGGCUGGGCGUGCUGGUGUACGAAAUGCUGGUCGGGGAGUCCCCUUUCCCCGGCGACGAUGAGGAGGAGGUGUUCGACAGCAUCGUGAAUGACGAGGUCCGGUACCCGCGGUUCCUCUCCACUGAAGCCAUCGGCAUCAUGAGGCGGCUGCUGCGGCGGAACCCGGAGCGCCGCCUGGGCUCCAGCGAGAAGGACGCCGAGGACGUCAAGAAGCAGCCCUUCUUCAGGGGUGUAGACUGGGAGGCCCUCCUGCAGCGGAAGCUGCCUCCGCCGUUCGUGCCGUCGAUCGGGGACAAAGAGGACGUCAGUAACUUCGACGAGGAGUUCACUGCUGAAGCCCCCGCCCUUACCCCGCCCCGGGAACCUCGCACCCUGUCCCGCAAGGACCAGGACUGCUUCAGAGACUUCGACUAUAUCUCAGACCUCUGCUAGGGCCAUCGAAGGGAGGGGAGGGGGGAGGGGAGGGGCGGCGGCAUUACGGCCUGUCUGUCCGUCACAGGGGACUGAGGGGGUGUCUGGAACUCCAAACUGUGACUGGGAGGCUGGAGGAGCCAAGGGAGGAUGUGUCUAUCUAUCUGUCUGUCUGACUGUCUGUCUGUCUGUAAUUUCUACACUGUGACUUGGAGAGUGUAUCUCUGAGGAGGAUGGGGGGAGGUGUGUGUGAAGACUUGCCUGGUCUCUGUCUGCCGUUCGCUCGGGUUCUUCACUGUGACUGAGGGGGGAGGAGGGUUGUAGGGGAGCCCGUCUGCGCUGAAGAGUCUAUGAGCGGGCGAGGCGAAGAUCGGUAGUGAGGGUUGAUUGACGUUUUUAGUCCUUCCCUACACUGUGCCUGAAGGAAGAAUCCCUUUUAGGAGCUAGGAUGGAGGGAUCCAGUAAGGGAACACUCGGUAGGGGGAGAGGGAGGUUCACAUGAGGAAAAUUUUCCCAGAAGGAGAAGCUGAGGACUGAGAGUGGAGGUUCAGUCCCACUGUGAAUUUAGAAUGUUAUUUGAAAAUGCAUUCCUCUUCCCCCAUUUUGCCUUUCUCUUCCGUCUUUCCGUUGUCUGAACCUGUUUUUGUCCCGGUUGUCCAGUGUGCUCGUAUUCUCCUUCCUCACCCUCUCCUUUCUCUCUCUGUUUGCAUAGGGACAGCCAAAGCGUUUUUAGUACUCGCGUGUACGGGCACAGGGGGGGACCCCUAAAAGAGGGAAAAGGUAGACCUGUCUUCACCCUGUGACCAAACGAAAUGCCGAAUAGGGAGACUGUGGGGAGGUUGUUAGCACUGACUGAAGCCUUAAUCUUUUUGAAGGUCGGGAGUAGUAGGGUUUUAUUUCGGAAGGGACGCACGUCUCCCCCGAACAGUGGUUCUCAGAAAACUUGCAAAAUGGCGGCGUAUUUGAUAUGAUUUGAGUGCGACGGAUCAAAGGAGGGACGAUAUGCUGUUUUGUAACAUGUUCAAUCAACCUUGCAUGAGGCAGCAGCUGCAAUCCUUUCACACUGCAUUACAAAAGAAGAAAAAUACAAGAAAGCAUUUUCACGUUAUUAAACGGCCUGGGCGAAUUGCAUUCUGGGCCAUGCAUGCUACCCUUAUGACUAGAUGCAUUGAAAACCACUGGUCUGGGGAGAAGCACUCGCUCUCCAGCACACUAGAUCCCUAGGGAUGCUAUGAAGGAUUCUUACUGUGAUAGCUUUUUUUAAAUCUGAUUUUAGUUACUGGUUUUAAAACGUAAGCAAUGACGAAGAAUAGGACGAUGAAAUGCCGUCGUAUACGCGCUGAUUGAAUUGUACAAAACAAAUUGUGAUUAAAAAGCAAUGGACUGUG